UGGCGGCAGCGGUGACGGCGCUGCUCGUGAGGCAGAGACCGGUCCGCCCGUGAGCUCGGAGACUAGUUCCACUCCGGGCGGGGGGAGCGCCGGCCCCGGCCCCGCUCUCCCGGCCUGGUAGCUGGCGGUCCCACCUCCGUCUGAAGCGUCGUUUCCUUUCCCUACCCGACUCCCUCCCUGUCUUCUCCCAGCCUACCCCGCAGAGGCCAUGGAGGACGAGGAGAGACAGAAGAAGCUGGAGGCCGGCAAAGCGAAGCUCGCUCAGUUUCGGCAAAGGAAAGCUCAAUCUGAUGGUCAUAAUCUGUCUAAAAAGCAGAAGAAAAAGAGGAAAACUUCAAGCAGUAAGCAUGAUGUAUCCUCAGACACUGCUUUGAAUAUUGAGCAAUCACGGAGUGAUGAUGUAUGUAUCAGUAGUUCUCAAAAGGUGGGCUCAACCUUAUCUGCUGAAUCCACAAUAAUGGGGACUCUACACACUGGAGAAAUUGUCAAACAUGACCAAGUCACUGUUGAACCAGAAAGUGAAAUUUCAACAACUGCAGAUGAUUAUAGUUCAGAGGUAAAUGGUUGCAGUUUUGUGAUGAGAACAGAAAAGUCAACAAAUUUAUUAAGGGAAGAAGAAUUUGGUGUUGAUGAUUCUUUUUCUGAACAUGGAGCACAGUACAGUCAGACUCACCUGGAGAUGAUGGAAAAUGAACUGACUAUGAAACAACAUGAAAUUGAAGAACUAAGCAGAGAAUUGGAAGAAAUGAGGGCCACCUAUGGGACUGAAGGACUGCAGCAGUUACAAGAAUUUGAAGCGGCCAUUAAACAAAGAGAUGGCAUCAUAACCCAGCUAACUGCUAAUUUACAACAAGCAAGAAGAGAAAAGGAUGAAACAAUGAGAGAAUUUCUAGAAUUGACAGAACAAAGUCAGAAAUUACAAAUUCAAUUCCAGCAUUUACAGGCCAGUGAAACUCUGAGAAACAGCACUCACAGUAGCACAGCUGCAGAUUUAUUGCAAGCCAAACAACAGAUUCUUACUCAUCAGCAACAGCUGGAAGAACAAGACCAUCUAUUAGAAGAUUAUCAGAAAAAGAAAGAAGACUUCACAAUACAAAUUAGUUUCUUACAAGAGAAAAUUCGAGCAUAUGAAAUGGAGCAAGAUAAAAACGUACAUCGCUCAAAUAAAGACAUACAGGAAAAGGAGGCAAUCAUUGAAGAAUUAAAUACAAAAAUAAUAGAAGAAGAAAGAAAAGCACUUGAGGUAAAGGAUAAAGUAGCAGCUGCAGACAGAUUACUAGAAGAAUUACAAGAGCAAGUUAUACAAAAGAACCAAGAGAUAAAAAAUAUAAAAUUAGAGUUGACUAAUUCCAAGCAAAAAGAACGACAGUGUUCUGAGGAAAUAAAACAAUUAAUGGGUAUAGUUGAAGAAUUGCAGAAGAAAAAUCAUAAAGAUAGCCGGUUUGAAACUGAUAUCCUACAAAGAAUGGAACAAGAAACACAAAGAAAGUUAGAACAACUCCAGGCAGAGCUGGAUGAGAUGUAUGGUCAACAGAUAGUGCAAAUGAAACAGGAGUUAAUAAAACAACAUAUGUCACAGAUAGAUGAACUUAAAACACUACAUAAGAGAGAAAUGGAGAAUGCUUUAAGAACACAUCCAAAUAUUACAGUUAAUGAAGAUCAGAUAAAAUUAAUGAAUAUGGCAAUUAAUGAACUAAAUAUAAAACUGCAAGAUACUAUCUCUCAAAAGGAAAAACUCAAGGAAGAAGUAGGAGUAAUUUCAGGAGAAAAAUCUGCUUUACAGAAACAGCUUGAAGACCUUUUUGAAGAACUGAGCUUUUCAAGAGACCAGGUUCAGAGAGCUAGGCAGACAAUAGCUGAACAAGAAAACAAACUCAAUGAAGCACUUAAGUCCCUUAGUACAGUAGAAGAUUUGAAAGCUGAGAUUGUUUCUGCAUCUGAAUCCAGGAAGGAACUAGAGUUAAAACAUGAAGCAGAAGUUACAAAUUAUAAAAUAAAACUUGAAAUGUUAGAAAGAGAAAAGAAUGCUGUCUUAGAUAGAAUGGCUGAAUCACAAGAAGCAGAGUUAGAGAGGCUGAGAACACAGCUUCUGUUUAGUCAUGAAGAAGAACUUUCCAAACUGAAGGAAGGUUUAGAAAUUGAACAUCAAAUAAAUAUUGAAAAACUUAAAGAUAACUUAGGCAUUCACUAUAAACAGCAGAUUGAUGGCUUACAGAAUGAAAUGAGUCAAAAGAUAGAAACCAUGCAGUUUGAAAAAGACAAUUUGAUAACUAAGCAGAAUCAAUUAAUUUUGGAAAUUUCAAAGCUAAAAGAUUUACAGCAGUCUCUUGUGAAUUCACAAUCAGAAGAAAUGACUCUUCAAAUCAAUGAACUUCAAAAAGAAAUUGAAAUACUCAGACAAGAAGAAAAUGAAAAAGGUACCCUUGAACAAGAAGUUCAAGAAUUACAACUUAAAACUGAACUACUGGAGAAACAAAUGAAAGAAAAAGAGAAUGACCUUCAAGAAAAAUUUGCACAGCUUGAAGCAGAGAAUAACAUUCUUAAAGAUGAAAAGAAAGCCCUUGAAGACAUGUUGGAAAUAACUAUUCCUGUUAACCAGGAAGAAAGAUUAAUUUUCAUAGAUUCCAUUAAAUCCAAAUCCAAAGAUGGUAGCUGGCAAAAAGAAAUUGAAGAACUUGCUAAAGCAAAUAAACAUCUCAAAGAACAGUGUAUUGAGCUGACAAGAGAGAUUGAAAUGCAAAAGAAUACUUUUUCCUUUGCUGAAAAAAAUUUUGAAGUCAACUAUCAGGAGUUACAGGAAGAUUAUGCUUGCCUUCUCAAGGUAAAAACUGAUUUAGAAGACAGUAAAAACAAGCAAGAAAUAGAGUAUCAAAGUAAGCUUAAAGCACUUAGUGAAGAGCUUCAUUUGCAAAGAACAAAUCCAACUAUAGUGAAAAUGAAAAGUUCAGUCUCUGAUGAUGACAAAAUUUUUAUCACAGAAUCAGAAAUUGGUGAGGUUGUUGAGAAAGAUACAACAGAACUUAUGGAAAAGCUUGAAGUAACCAAGCGAGAAAAGUUAGAACUAUCGGAGAGACUGUCUGAUCUUUCUGAACAAUUAAAACAGAAACAUGGUGAGAUUAGUUUUCUAAAUGAGGAAGUUAAAUCUUUAAAGCAAGAGAAGGAACAAAUUUUAUUGAGAUGUAGAGAGCUAGAAAUCAUACUUAACCACAAGAGGACAGAUGUAAAGGUGUAUGAUACUCCACUAAGCUCUUUAAAAGAUGGAGUCCUGACUCUGACAAGCCGUGAAUCUGGAAAAUCCAUUAUUAAAACAAAUAAAGAUUUUGGUGAAGAAUUGAAAAUAGUGGAGGAAGAUAAAAUUCCUUUGGAAAAUUUAAAUAUUGGGAAUGAAAAUAAAGAAGAGAAGUUGUUUUCUGAUCAUUUUCCAUCAGUGACAAGUGAAUUAUUGCAUGGGGCAGAUGAACCAAGUGAAAAUGACAAACUUCAGUGGGAACUUAGGGUACUUAAAUCAGAACAGAAUGAUUUAAGGCUACAGAUGGAAGCUCAACGUAUAUGCCUCCCUCUGGUCUAUUCAACUCAUGUGGAUCAAGUUCGUGAAUAUAUGGAAAAUGAAAAAGAUAAAGCUCUUUGCAGUCUUAAAGAGGAACUUAUUUCUGCUCAAGAGGAAAAGAUCAAGGAACUUCAGAAAAUACAACAACUAGAGCUGCAGAAUAUAAAAAUACAAGAAACAGGUCUUGAAGUUAAGCCUUUACAAAUGCUCAUUGGAAAACUUCGCAAAGUAGUAUCUGAAGAAUGUUCUUAUUUUACACAGACUGUUUGCAGUAUCCUUGGUGAGCACUAUACGUCUGCUUUAGAAUGUGAAGUAAAUCUAGAAGAGAAAGAGAUUUCUGGUGUUCACAUUUCUGAAAAUCAAGAGCUAGAAUUACAAGAUUAUAGAGAUGAAAUUCAAGACUUCCAAGAAAAUAUGCAAACCCUUCUCACCAGAGUAACAGAAGAAUACAACAAACUGUUGGUACUUCAGACAAGGUUAAGUAAGAUUCAAGGACAACAGACAGAUGAUGUAAAACUGGAACCUGCAGAAGAAAGCCUACUAAAAGAGGAAACAGACUUUAUCUCAGCCUGUUCUCAGAUGACAAAUUUGCAAGGCAUUGAUGACAAUCAGAAGAGAAAGUUAUCUUCCCUGCAAGCAAUCAAAACAAUUAAAGAUCUUCAAGGACAAGUUCAAGAACUAGAAGGCUCUGUAUUUUCCUUGGAGCAACAACUGAAAGAAACUAAAGAAAAUUAUGGGGCAGAGAUCGACUGUUUGCAGGAAAGGCUUCAAACUCUUAGUGAAUCCACAGUUCAGUCAAGUUUCUCCAUUGAUUCAAUGGUAAUUACUGAAUCGGAAGUACAGAAAAUAUACCCUGGAAGUUGUGUACAGCAGAAUAUUGAUGGUACACUAGAGCUUUCUGGUGAAUUUGGAAUGAAACAGGAAACAAGUAUGUUUAAGUUGCUGGAAAAACAAUACCAAGAACGAUUAGAAGAAGAAGUAGCUAAGGUCAUUGUGUCAAUGAGUAUAACAUUCGCUCAACAAGCUGAGCUCUCUAGACUGUCUGAGGGAAAAGAAGAUACUACAUCAUCAGUACAAGCACAUGCUCUCUGUCAGCAAGAGCAACAUUUUUUAAAUGAAUUAUCACAGGGUCAGGUUGGUUUUCAGACUUCUGAAGCAAGAGACAUGAAAUUUAAAGAAGAAUUUAAACCACUUAGUAAAGAAUUAGAAGAUGGAAAUAAAGUUUUGUUGUCAAAUAAUAAUGAUCUUGAUGAUACACUAGGAUCAAAGGAACAUGCAAUGACUAUUUCAGAAGAAAUGUUCUCCAAAGAUAAAACAUUUACAGCCAAAGAGUCUAUCUGUGAUGAAAUUUUGGAAUCAAACAUGGAUGCUUCUAGACAACUAAUGUUAAAUGAAGAACAGUUGGAAGAUAUGAGGCAAGAACUUGUACGACAAUACCAAGAACAUCAGCAGGCAACAGAAUUGUUAAGGCAGGCACACAUGCGUCAGAUGGAGAGACAGCGAGAAGACCAAGAACAGUUACAAGAAGAGAUUAAGAGACUGAACAGACAAUUAGCCCAGAGAUCCUCAAUAGAUAAUGAAAACCUGGUUUCAGAGAGAGAGAGGGUGCUUUUAGAGGAACUGGAAGCAUUAAAGCAGCUGUCUGUAGCUGGAAGAGAGAAGCUGUGUUGUGAGCUGCGCAACAGCAGUACGCAAACACAGAAUGAAAAUGAAAAUCAAGGGGAAGUUGAAGAACAGAUCCUGAAAGAAAAGGAAUUGGAUAGAAAACCUGAUGAUGUUGCUCCUGAUCUUCUCUCCAAUGAAAGGUAUGCACUCCAGAAAGCUAAUAAUAGACUCCUGAAAAUCCUCUUGGAAGUUGUAAAGACAACAGCAGCGGUUGAAGAAACAAUUGGUCGCCAUGUCCUUGGUAUUCUUGAUAGAUCCAAUAAGGGCCAGUCAUCUGUCAGUUUGAUUUGGAGGUCAGAAGCAGAGGUACCUCUUAAGUCAUGUGUCCGUGAGGAACACACAGCAGUUACAGACGACUCUAUAUCCUCUUAUUCUGGAAGUGACAUGCCAAGAAAUGAUAGUAGCAUGUGGUCAAAAGUAGCAGAAGAAGGAACAGAACUGUCACAACGGCUUGUGAGGAGUGGUUUUGCUGGAAGUGAAAUAGACCCUGAAAAUGAAGAACUUAUGCUGAAUAUCAGUUCUCGGUUACAAGCAGCAGUUGAAAAACUCCUAGAAGCCAUAAGUGAAACUAAUAGCCAGCUUGAACAUGCAAAAAUUACACAGACAGAGUUGAUGCGUGAGUCAUUCAGACAGAAACAAGAAACAACAGAGUCCCUUAAGUGCCAAGAAGAACUACGAGAACGCCUUCUUGAGGAGUCCAGGGCCAGAGAACAGCUGGCUGUGGAGCUCAGUAAGGCUGAAGGUGUUAUUGAUGGCUAUGCAGAUGAAAAAACUCUUUUUGAAAGGCAAAUUCAAGAAAAAACUGAUAUAAUAGAUCGUCUUGAACAGGAGUUGUUAUGUGCAGGCACUAGAUUACAAGAAUUGGAAGGAGAACAACAGCAGAUCCAAGAAGAAAGAGAAUUACUGUCCAGACAGAAGGAAGCAAUGAAAGCAGAGGCAGGUCCUGCUGAACAGCAAUUACUACAGGAAACUGAAAAACUAAUGAAGGAAAAACUAGAAGUACAAUGCCAAGCUGAAAAAGUACGUGAUGACCUUCAAAAACAAGUGAAAGCUUUAGAAAUAGAUGUCGAGGAACAAGUCAGUAGGUUUAUAGAACUGGAACAGGAAAAAAACGCUGAACUAAUGGAUUUAAGACAACAAAACCAAGCACUAGAAAAGCAAUUAGAAAAAAUGAGAAAGUUUUUAGAUGAGCAAGCCAUUGACAGAGAACAUGAGAGAGACGUAUUUCAACAAGAAAUACAGAAAUUGGAACAGCAACUUAAGGUCAUACCUCGAUUCCAGCCUAUCAGUGAACAUCAAACUAGAGAGGUUGAACAGUUAACAAAUCAUCUGAAAGAAAAAACAGACAGGUGCAGUGAGCUUUUGCUCUCUAAAGAGCAACUUCAGAGAGAUAUACAAGAAAGGAAUGAAGAAAUUGAAAAACUGGAAUUUAGAGUAAGGGAACUGGAACAAGCCUUACUCAUUAGCACAGACACUUUUCAAAAGAUAGAAACUCAAAAACAGUUUGAAGCUAUAGAAGCUAAAGCAGAAUUGUCCCUGGAAGUACAGUUGCAAGCUGAGCGAGAUGCCAUAGACAGAAAGGAAAAAGAGAUCACUAAUUUGGAAGAACAGUUAGAACAGUUCAGAGAAGAACUAGAAAAUAAAAAUGAAGAAGUUCAGCAGUUACAUAUGCAAUUAGAAAUACAGAAAAAGGAAUCUACCACCCGCCUACAAGAACUUGAACAAGAAAACAAGUUAUUUAAGGAUAAAAUGGAGAAAUUUGGAUUUGCCUUAAAGGAAUCUGAUGUUGGCUAUACUCAGGACCAACCUGUGCUGUUUGGGAAAUUUGCUCAAAUAAUGCAGGAAAAAGAGGCAGAAAUUGACCAAUUGAAUGAGCAAAUUAAAAAACUUCAGCAUCAGCUUAAAGUCACAACAGAUAAUAAGGUCAUUGAAGAGAAGAAUGAACUGAUCAGAGAUCUUGAAACCCAAAUAGAAUGUUUGAAGAGUGAUCAGGAACGUGUGAAGAAAAAUAGAGAAGAAGAAAUAGAGCAGCUCAAUGAAGUGAUUGAUAAACUUCAACAAGAAUUAGCAAAUAUUGAACAGAAGACAUUGCUGGAUGCUAAUUCUUUUCCAGAAGAAGCAGACAGUUUAAAACAUCAGUUAGAUAUGGUAGUAGCUGAAAAAAUGGCUUUGGAAAAGCAAGUAGAAACUACUAAUGAAGAAAUGGCCUUUAUGAAAAAUGUACUUAAAGAAACCAAUAUUAGAAUGAACCAGCUAACACAAGAAUUGUAUGAUAUAAAGAAGGAACGUGAAAAUAUGGAAAAAUUCCACAUUAUGCCACGGAAAAGUAUUAACAUGGGUGUAGAUGAUCUUAGUAAAACUAAACCUGAACCUGAAGUAGUCCUUACAGAGGAUGCUUUUAAACCACUGGAAAAUCAGACUUACCUCAAAUCCUUUGACGAAAACAGCAAAUUUCCCACAAGCAGUUUGGAAACAAAGGUGCUACAACUGGAGAACACUGUGAGUGCAAAGAACUAUGAACUUACUCAAUGUUAUAAACAAAUAAAGGAUAUGCAAGUACAAGGCCAGUCUGAAGCAGAAAUGCUUAAAAAGAAGAUUGUUAACUUACAGAAUUUACUUGAGGAAAAAGUUGCUGCUGCUCUUGUGAGUCAAGUCCAACUUGAAGCAGUUAGAGAAUAUGCAAAAUUCUGCCAAGAUGAACAAGUAAUUUCAUUAGAACCUGAACAAAAUGUAAAUCAACUAUCAGAAAGCAAGGUGGAUGCAAAUGUAUCAGCAUUAACUUGGAGAAUAUCAGAAUUAGAAAAGCAGGUGGUUGAAAUGCAAACUAGUUUGAAUUUUAAAAAAGAACAGGUUGAAAUUGCAGAGAAAAAUGUUUUGGAAAAAGAAAAGAGGCUUGUGGAACUUCAGAAGCUAUUGGAGUAUAAUGAGAAAAAACAGGGAGGGAAAGAGAGGAAAAGAAUCCCCCAAGAAGACUUUGAGGUUCCCCAGACAACUACUCAGCUAAUUCAAAACAAUGAAGAAGGAAUUUUUGAUCAACUUGCAGUUCUUAGAGCUGAAUUAGCAGCUACCAAAGAAGAACUUGCCAGUUACAAAGAGAAGGCAGAAAAACUUGAAGAAGAACUUUUGAUAAAAGAAAGAAAUAUGACGUUUCUACAGAAAGAUUUAAGUGAAGUUAAUAAUCAACUUGCAGACGCAAAAGAGAAACUAUUCUACUACUUAGAAAAAGAUGUUAAGAUCGAGAUACAAGAAAACAGAAAAGUCUGUAUGUUAGAGCCACUUCCUGUCAAAAUAGUUAAAAGCACUACAUCACAGACAGAUGGGACUCUCAAAGUCAAUAGCAGUGAUCAAACUCCAGAAGUUCCUGUUAAAAAUGCAGGAAUCCAAAUUGACUUACAGAGUGAAUGUUUUUCAGAAGAAGUCACUGAAAUAAUCAGUCAAUUUACUGAAAAGUUUGAGCAGAUGCAAGAACUACAUGCUGCUGAAAUUUUAGAUAUGGAAUCCAGACAUAUUUCAGAAACUGAAACCUUAAAGAGGGAACACUGUGUUGCUAUUCAGUUACUGACAGAGGAAUGUGGUACUUUGAAGUCAGUGAUACAGUGUCUGAGAUCUAAAGAGGGUUCCUCAAUUCCUGAAUUAGCACAUUCUGAUGCUAACCAAACAAGAGAUAUCUGUUCUAGUGAUUCUGGAUCAGACUGGGGUCAGGGAAUUUAUCUUACACAAAGCCAGAUGUUUGACACAGUCUCAGAAGGCCGAGGGGAAGAAGGUGAAAGUUCAACAGAUUCAUUUCCAAAGAAAAUAAAGGGAUUACUAAGAGCUGUCCAUAAUGAAGGUAUGCAAGUCCUCUCUCUCACUGAGUCUCCCUAUAGUGAUGGAGAGAACUGUUCUGUUCAGCAAAUUUCAGAGUCAUGGCUAGAAGAAAGAAGAGCUUACCUCAGUACAAUCUCAUCUCUUAAGGAUUUAAUUACCAAAAUGCAAGUGCAUAGAGAAGCUGAGGUUUAUGAUAGCUCUCAAUCUCAUGAGAGCCUGUCAGACUGGCGAGGUGAACUUCUGCUUGCCCUUCAGCAGGUUUUCUUAAAGGAGCACAAUGUUUUACUAGCUGUGUUUCAGACCGAGCUUUCAGCUCUAGGUACUAGAGAUGGAGCUGCAAUAUUAAACUGUUUGGAACAGAGGAUUCAAGAACAGAGUAUUGAAUAUCAAGCAGCUAUGGAAUGCCUGCAGAAAGCAGAUAGAAGGAGUUUGUUAUCUGAAAUUCAAGCAUUGCAUGCUCAAGUGAAUGGUAGGAAAAUGGCACUGAAAAGAGAACAAGGGAAUGAUCAACCAAGUCAAGAACUCUUGGAAUAUAAUAUGCAACAGAAACAGUCUCAAAUACUGGAAAUGCAAGUAGAGCUCAGCAGUGUGAAAGACAGAGCAGCGGAACUCCAGGAACAGUUGAAUUCUGAAAAACUGGUGGUUGCUGAACUGAAAAAUGAACUUGCACAGACUAAACUGGAACUCGAAACAACACUCAAGGCACAGCACAAGCGCCUAAAGGAAUUAGAAGCAUUCAGGUUGGAAGUUAAAGAUAAAACAGAUGAAGUACAUUUACUUAAUGACACAUUAGCAAGUGAACAGAAAAAAUCCAGAGAGCUCCAGUGGGCUUUGGAGAAAGAGAAAGCCAAACUGGGACGCAAUGAAGAGCGAGAUAAAGAACAACUUGAGGAUCUGAAAUUUUCACUUGAGGGUCAGAAACAGCGGAAUAUUCAGCUGAGUCUGCUUUUGGAACAACAGAAACAAUUGCUAAAUGAAUCACAGGAAAAAAUAGAAUCACAAAGAGUGCUACAUGAUGCACAGUUAUCAGAAGAACGAGGUCGAAACUUAGAACUUCAAGUACUUCUUGAAUCUGAGAAAGUACGAAUUCGGGAAAUGAGUAGUACCCUGGAUAGGGAACGAGAAUUGCAUGCACAGCUGCAGAGCAAUGAUGAUAGUGGGCAUCCUCGACCCAACUUACCUUCUGAGGACCUUCUUAAAGAGUUACAGAAACAGCUAGAGGAAAAACACAGCCGUAUAGUAGAAUUGUUAAAUGAAACUGAGAAGUAUAAACUGGAUUCUUUGCAAACAAGACAGCAAAUGGAAAAGGAUAGGCAGGUUCACAGGAAGACAUUGCAGACUGAACAAGAGGCCAACACUGAAGGACAGAAAAAAAUGCAUGAGCUCCAGUCCAAAGUGGAAGAUCUUCAGCGCCAGCUAGAAGAGAAAAGGCAACAAGUUUAUAAGUUAGACCUUGAAGGGAAGCGACUUCAAGGAAUUAUGCAAGAAUUUCAAAAUCAAGAACUGGAACGAGAAGAGAAACGAGAAAAUAGAAGAAUUCUGUAUCAGAAUCUUAAUGAGCCAACCACAUGGAGUUUAACCAGUGAUCGAACUAGAAAUUGGGUUCUUCAGCAGAAAAUGGAAGGAGAGACAAAGGGAUCGGGCUAUCCUAAACUGAUUGAAAUGAAUGGAGGAAGGACUGGCUAUACUCACGAGGUAGAAAGGAUCAGACAGAAACUUCAACAUGUGACUGUAAAAAUACAGCAUCUAGCCCAAAAAGCUGCUAACAGACUACAGUUUGAAACAACUGAUGAUGAAGAUUUCAUUUGGGUUCAAGAUAGUAUUGAUGGAAGUAUUUUACAACUACAAAAAUUAACUGGCCAGCCAGGUGAAGAGCCUAGCUUAGUAUCUCCAGGUACUUCCUGUGGCUCAUUGACUGAAAGACUACUGAGACAAAAUGCUGAACUGACAGGACAUAUCAGUCAACUGACCGAAGAAAAGAAUGAUUUAAGAAACAUAAUUAUGAAGCUGGAAGAGCAGAUUAGGUGGUAUCGACAGACAGGAGCUGGCAGAGAUUAUUCUUCUAGAGUUUCAUUCAGCGGUGGUGACAACAUUGAAGCCAUCAUUGCUUCUGAAAAAGAAGUCUGGAACAGAGAAAAGCUGGCUCUCCAAAAAUCCUUGAAAAGGGCAGAAGCCGAAGUGUACAAACUGAAAGCUGAACUAAGAAAUGAAGCAUUACUUCAAAAUCUGAGCCCUGAUUCAGAACAUGCCACUUUAAAGAGAAUUUAUGGUAAAUACCUGAGGGCAGAAAGCUUUAGAAAAGCUCUCAUUUAUCAGAAGAAAUACCUGCUGCUGUUACUGGGUGGAUUCCAAGAAUGUGAAGAUGCUACCCUGGCUCUUCUUGCCCGGAUGGGGGGGCAGCCGGCUUUCACAGAUCUAGAGGUCAUCACCAACCGUCCAAAGGGCUUCACCAGAUUCCGGUCUGCUGUUAGAGUAUCUAUGGCAAUUUCAAGGAUGAAAUUUUUGGUUCAACGGUGGCAUCGCGUCACAAAUUCUGGCUCUAUCAAUAUUAAUAGGGACAGCUAUGGACUGCAUCCAGGUGCUGAAAAAACUGACUCAUUUUAUCAUUCUUCUGGUGGGCUAGAGCUAUAUGGAGAGCCACGGCAUACUACUUACCGCUCAAGAUCAGAUCUGGACUGUCUUAGGUCUCCUUUACCAUUUCAAAAUAGGUACACAGGCCCUUCAGCAGACUUAAAUCCUGGUUCGCUAGCAUGUUCUCAGCUUCAGAACUAUGAUCCUGACAGAGCCCUGACAGAUUAUAUCACCCGGUUAGAGGCACUACAAAGAAGACUUGGAACUGUACAGUCAGGUUCAACUCAAUUUCAUGCUGGCAUGAGAAGAUAAUCCUUUAAAAUAUCAUGAAUCGAAAUGAUUUUAAACAAAUUCCCUUUUGUAAAUCAAUGGUUAUUUUGUGCUUUUCUAUUGUGAAUAUCCAGUGGGGGACCAAUAUGAACACAGCUUCUUAUUGUAUACAAAUCACAUGCCAGCACAUGAAAACAAACUGGAAUUUGUACAUAUAAACAUUAUGUAUUCAUGCACAAUAAUCAUGAAAUUACAUGUAUAUUUGUGGAAUGCUAAUUUAAAUGAUUAAAUUAUAAACCUUGUGUAUUUAUCAGAUGGGUAAAAAGAUAAACUUUUACGCAUUAUGAUACUGCUGAAUGUGUAGCUUGAAGUGACCUGCACUUUUCUUAUAAGGCUACUGAAGUUACAUAUUUCUGCCUAAUAUAUUUGCUACUGGUGAUGAAGACAGAUAAUAUCACUUGUAGAGACCUAUUUUUGUAUAAUGGUAGAAGUUUUGAAUUUUAUGGGGUAUUUUGUCAAGUACUGAAAUAAAAAUGACUUCACCAUUUUGACCACA